AUGCGCAAACAGAAGAUCUGCUUCAUUCGUCAUGGCGUUGCAAAACACAAUCUAAGGGAUCCAAGAACCAAUCAGUCUCCAAACUUGGAGGAUCCUUCACUCUUUGAUCCCCCUCUUGUGUACGACGGCAAGCAACAAGCCCUGCAAGCAGGUGAGAGAUUCAAGAUGUGGUGGAAGACGACCCAACUCGGUGAACAAAUCGAGUUGAUCAUUGCAUCUCCCCUUACGCGAUGCAUUCAAACAUCAAUGAUUGCAUUUCCACCAGGCGACUGCUAUGCUUCCAACGAUGGCGCAUCCAAGGAACCUAGGAGGAUAUGUACAGAGCUAGUUCGAGAAGCCUAUGGUAUGCAUUAUCCUGACAAAAGGAGAGUCAAAUCGAUAUUGCAAAAAUACUGGCCAGGACUGGAAUUAGAUCCAGGAAUGACAGAAGCGGAUGAAGCUUGGAGCCCAACAUCUCGCGAAUCCAUCGCUGAUCUCCAAGGGCGUAUUUCUCUAUUCCUUGACUACGUAGCAAAGCUGCCGCAAACCAAUAUUGUUGUCGUCAGCCACGGAGUCUUCGUUGAGGCAUUACUGCAUGCACACUGUCCCGAGGCCUUGCCGAACGGGCGGCGAGUGUACAAUUGUGACACGAUCAUUGGUGAUUGCCUUUCCGAGAAUGGAGUUUACAAAGGACUCCAGGGGAUGCGACUUUUGACCUAA